AUGCACCCCGACGAUUCAAACAUUGUUGUUUUGAGGCAUAAUGUAUGGCGUGUCAAGGGUCUAGUACAAAUAUCUAGAUCUAUUGGUGUUGUAUAUCUGAAAAAGGCAGAGUUCAAUAGAGAACCUUUAUAUGCAAAGUUUCGGCUUCGUGAGCCGUUCAAAACGCCAAUAUUGAGCUCGGAACCAUCAAUAUCAAUUCACCAGCUGCAGCCAGAAGCUGAUAUAUAA